UGAUGUAGAGUGCGGAUAUCACCUUCCUAGUUCUGAGACACUUCCCGUCCUCCGGUGAUCCAGCUAUCCAAGUUAUCUGAUUGCAGCAGACUGAGCCCAGAAAGCCUCACCCGAACGUUCGCAGCUUAGACCCUCAGACCUCUCUUUCUCAUCCGAGUUCAAAGCGCAUACUGGCGCCUGCAGCAUAGCAUCCUCUAGCUCAAUAUCAAUAACUUAGUAGAUUCCAAAGCAAGUGACCACGCAUAGCCGUAGCAUUCAACAAUAUGCCAGAUUCCAAACAUGCCGUUCGGUUGAAAUCAAUUGUGUACCCCACCGACCCUCAAACCAUCGUCGCCGAGAUCUCUGCAGCGGGCGCCGCAACGCCAUGCGAUCCCACCGAUCCAGCGUACAACACGCUGGCCAAACUGUCCACGGUCAGAUGGCUUCCGCCACUCAUACCAACAUCCAAUGACAAACACCGCAACCCACUAUACAUCGAGGCGGAACCUAAUGUAUUGCGCGACGCUGCGAAACUGAACUUCCCACGCAAAGACAUCAUGCAGUCAUAUAGGGAGAGGGAGUUCCUAAAAAGCAAUCCGAAUUCUCGCUUUAUACUCGUGUUCCGUGCACAGACUCUCGCCGCGAAAGCCGAAAAUAAGGAGUCGACGCCCGCCUCCCGCACACCCCACUCCGCCACCACCAUCCCACUCUCCAAACGCCUCAUCCGCCGCCUCAGCCGCGACCCCGAGUUCAUGCAACAAGUCCAAGACGCCCAUUUGCACUCCGCACCCAAUGACAGCCGACAUCGACGAGCCCGUGCUGCUGUCCUGGAGACUGGCGCUGGAACGGUCCCGGGAAGUGGGGAUACGAAGCGCCGCGGUAGAAAACGGGUCAAAGCCCCGGUCGAGAGAAACGAUGAAACAGUACCAGCGACACACGACGCACCCCAAGCAGCCCUCGACGACGACCAACUACCACCUCCCCAUCGCAGCGAUCCAUCCCAUAAUCACGUCAACGAUGAAGACAACGACAUCCAACCCCAUCAUACAAAGAAACCUCCCCGAUUCCACCCACCCCGCACGCAAUCCCUCGCCGACGUGCUCCGAUGGGAAAAAGAAAGCCCGUUUUGGCGGCUCAAGGGGCGGCGGAAACAUGGGGAGGAGGGAGUUCAAUCACAGCGACGACAUGGGCGUCGACAUGGGGAAGGAGAGGGACAGGGAGAUGGCGGUGAAGAAGAGGCGGCGUUGAGAUAUACGUACGAGUUUGGUCCGCCGGGCGGGAUAGACAUGGAGGAGGAUGUUCUGUUGAACACAUUCACGGAUGUGACCCGCAAAGGCACGCAGAUCCAGCGUAGCGGGCGGGUCGCGCUCGCUGAUGCUGGGCUUGUAACGUUGGGGGUUGUUGGUGAUGAUGCGAAAGGAAAGCAUCUGCCGUCAUCUGCGGCGUCAUCGGCGUCGUCAGCUCCUUCGGCGGCGACGAGGGAGUCGGGUGAAUUGACGGGUCAAGCGGAGCUGAAGCAUAGGGAUCGCAUGGUCACGACAGCCCAUCACGCCGCACCCCCACCGCACACCGAUACCGCCGCCUCAACCACAUCAACGCCCCACGUGCCCGUCCCAGCCGCCACCAAACCCGUCCCGCCCACAAUCACAAAACCCUCAACCCGCGGGCCUGCCGCCGUAACCACCGCACACGCCUACCCCUCCAAACCCAAACCCAUGCCCCUCCCCGCCCUGCCCCGCACAUCCCUCAUUAACACCAACUCUCUCCCCCGAACAACCGCCCUAACAGCAGCACGCUCCCUCUUCGCAUCCCUCCCCUCCCUCCCCCUCCCCUGCCUCCCACCGCCUCCGGCACCCACAACCUACCACCACAAAGUACACACGACGAGCACGCUGCUGUUUAUCCAGCAGUCGCAGAAGGCGCAUGCGGAGCUUGUUGGGGCGUUGAGGCAACGGUUGGUUAGGAGGGUGAGGGUGGGUGCGGGGGAUGGGGUGGAGGUGUCCAGGGUCUGGGGGAGGGUUAGGGGUGGAGCGUGGAAGUGAGGGUUAGUCGGCGUGUUGAUUGAUGGGUGUUUGAUGUACUUCUGCUAUCUUGGACGUGGACGAUCGACCACAGACGAUUGCCUUCCACAUCCGACUCCAAUCCACAAGUGUUUCCGAAUACAGAUUUCCUGUUUCAUUUUCUCAUCACAAUUGCAUCUCAUAUAUAGUACAACUCCCCUAGAAGUAGUUUGGCAGAAGUAGUCGAUAGGAGUAGCCGUCGAUCCACGCUUCCCGAUAUCGAGUAGAAUUCCACCUUUCAAGUCAGUCGGUCUCCAUAGAGUCGGACCCUCCUGUCUGGUUCAGACGAUCUACACGUUUUUGGGAUAGAGGAUCAGUAUCCUUUCCGGCUUAACGUUGAUUGUGGAAGUAAGAGAUUACAUACCUUGCACCGCCUGGAGGAACGUU